AAUACAGACAGACACUGACAAGCAAUUACUUUCACUGUAAAACCAGGAAGUCUGCUCUGGGAAAAGAGCCGCAGAAAAGAGCACUCCUAAUACUGUGCUUUCAGAGAGAAAAUGAGCACACAGUCAGAGGAACAUCUCUCCUGUCCCGUCUGUCACGACAUCUUUCAAGACCCUGUUAUCCUGUCAUGCAGCCACAGCUUUUGUAAAGCAUGUCUGCAGAGAUGGUGGCACAACAGACCGAAAAAGGAAUGUCCACUUUGUAAGAUGCUAUCUUUACAGAGUGAUCCACCCCGUAACUUGGCUUUGAGGCACCUCUGUGAGGCCUAUUUGCAGAACAAUCAGAGAGCUCCAAGAAGCUCCGAGGCACUCUGCUCUCUCCACUCUGAGAGACUCAAGCUCUUCUGUCUGGACCAUCAGGAGCCGGUGUGCGUCAUCUGCCGAGCUUCAGCAAUGCACAUCGGACACAAAUUCAGCCCCAUCGAUGAGGCUGCACACAUUUACAAGCAGGAGCUCCAGCAAUGCCUGGAGCCUUUAAAGGAGAAACUGAAGCUCUCUGAGGACGUUAAAGGAAAGUGUGUUCAAACAGCAGAACACAUUAAGGUCCAGGCCAAGCAGGCAGAGAGGCAGAUCAAAGAGCAGUUUAUGAAGCUUCACCAUUUUCUACAAAAUGAAGAGGACGCUCGGAUCAGUGCUCUGAGGGAGGAAGAGAAACAAAAGAGUCAGAUAAUGCAGAAGAAGAUUGAAACCAUGAGCAGAGACAUAGCAGCACUGUCAAAUGCAGUCAGAGCCAUAGAGAAUGAGCUCAGAGCUGAAGGCGUCUCUUUCCUGCAGAACUACAAGGCUGCAGCAAAGAGAGUCCAGCAGCACGCCCUGUUUGAUGUUCCUCAGCUGGUUUCAGGAGCUCUAAUUGAUGUUGCUAAACACCUGGGCAAUUUGACCUUCAACAUCUGGAGCAACAUGAAGGACAUGAUCUCAUAUACUCCUGUGAUUCUGGAUCCAAACACCGCUCACCCAGAACUCAUCCUGUCUGAAGAGCUGACCAGUGUGAGACGUGAAGGGAAACAGAAGGUUCCCGAAAACCCAGAAAGGAUUUAUUUCUAUCCUUCUGUCCUCGGCUCAGAGGGCUUCAACUCAGAGAUUCACAGCUGGGAUGUUGAAGUUGGAGACAGUCCGAUCUGGGCGCUGGGAGUCUUUGCAAGAUCUCACCAUAAUAAAGAUAAAAAAUGCAACUUAUUAAAACUUGUUUUCUGUGACGGUGAGUAUACGGCAAACUCCGCUGAAGGCCACACAGCUGUUCUCCCAGUAAGGAAGAAAUUCCAGAGGAUCAGAGUUCGGCUGGACUGGGACCAAGGAAAACUGUCAUUCACAGAUCCUGAUACUCGCACACACAUACACACCUUCACACACACCUUCACCGAGAUGCAGUUUCCAUAUUUUAACUCUGUAAAUUCACACCCUCUGAAGAUAUCAGAUGCUCCUUUCCAUGUAGUUCUGUAA